AAAACACCGAUUGUGUUAAUACUUCAUUCGUCUUUAUAUAUUUCCUGUUAAUUAUUAACAGGUUAAAUUUCACAAAGCAACCUUAAUACCCCUGAUCCGGUAUAUUGCCAAUUUGCACAUUCAGCUGUAUAUAAGUUAGCUAAUCUGGUUGCUCUUUGCACAAUCAUCACUUUGCCAGUCUGCUUAUCUAGGACAAACCAGCGCCUUCCUGGUUACAAACCAUUAAAAGAGAUACAUUUUUCUUACUACUGUCAAAAUAACAACAAAAAAAUGUCUCACGGAUCAGUAAAGCAAGAGUCUGUCUGUUGGGAAACGCAGGAAUCUGAAGAUCAUACUAAAACCUUCAUUUAUACGAAGAAAAGGGGCUAUGAAAUUAUACGCAACUCGCACCUGAAUAAGGGAAUGGCUUUCACCUUGGAGGAGAGGCUGCAGUUGGGAAUCCAUGGCCUCCUUCCACCCUGUUUCCUUAGUCAGGAUGUGCAAGUGCUGAGAGUGCUGAGGAAUUAUGACAUGAAGAAGGAUGACUUAGAUAGAUAUGUACUUUUAAUGGCCCUGCAGGACCGGAAUGAGAAACUCUUUUACAGAGUUCUCACUUCUGACACACAAAGAUUUAUGCCAAUUGUUUAUACUCCCACGGUUGGUCUGGCCUGCCAGCAGUAUGGCUUGACAUUCCGAAGACCACGGGGUCUGUUCAUUACAAUUCAUGAUCGAUUCCACAUCUCAACAUUGCUUAAAAGUUGGCCUGAAAACGAUAUUCGGGCUAUUGUUGUGACUGAUGGCGAACGUAUUCUUGGUCUUGGGGAUCUUGGCUGCUAUGGAAUGGGCAUACCUGUUGGGAAGCUGGCACUUUAUACUGCAUGUGGUGGAGUGAAACCUCACCAGUGUCUGCCGGUGAUGCUGGAUGUGGGCACAAAUAAUGAGGAGCUGCUGAAAGACCCAUUGUAUAUUGGAUUACGACACAAAAGAGUACAAGACCAGGCUUAUGAUGACCUUUUGGAUGAGUUUAUGCAAGCUGUGACAGACAGGUAUGGACUGAGCUGUCUCAUUCAGUUUGAAGACUUCGCCAAUACCAAUGCCUUCCGCCUCCUCAACAAGUACCGUAACGAAUACUGCACCUUUAAUGAUGACAUACAAGGGACUGCUGCAGUGGCAGUAGCAGGUCUCCUGGCCUCACUGCGAGUCACAGGGAGCAAGCUGUCUGAUCAAAAGAUAUUAUUCCAAGGAGCUGGUGAGGCAGCAAUGGGGAUUGCAGAUCUGAUCGUAAUGGCAAUGCAAAAGGAAGGAAUUCCUAAAGAAGAGUGCCUUAACAAGAUUUGGAUGGUUGACUCUAAAGGCCUUAUUGUCAAGGGAAGAGCCAAUCUGACCCAUGAAAAAUUGAGAUUUGCUCAUGAACACCCUGAAAUGAAGAUCCUAGAGGAAAUCAUCCAGAAAAUCAAGCCAACUGCAAUAAUAGGUGUUGCAGCAAUAGCUGGGGCCUUUACAGAGCAAAUUAUAAAAGACAUGGCAUCUUUCAAUGAGCAUCCGGUUAUCUUUGCCCUAAGCAAUCCAACCAGCAAAGCAGAAUGCACUGCAGAGCAAUGUUAUCGUCUGACAGAGGGUCGAGGAAUAUUUGCCAGCGGCAGUCCUUUUGAUCCCGUUACACUUCCUGAUGGCCGAAGGUUCCACCCUGGCCAAGGGAAUAAUGCUUAUGUUUUCCCUGGAGUUGCUCUUGGUGUUAUUGCAUGCGGAGUCCGACAUGUCACUGAUGAGAUUUUUCUUACAACUGCUGAGACAAUAGCCACAUUAGUGAAGGAUGAAGAUUUGGCUGAAGGACGCUUGUAUCCUCCCCUGAACAACAUUAGGGAUGUUUCCUUCAAGCUGGCAGUAACGAUUGUAGAAUAUGCCUACAAAAACAAUCUGGCUAGUGUUCACCCAGAACCAAGCAAUAAGGAAGAUUUUGUGCGUUCCCACAUGUACAGCACCAACUAUGACCAGUUUGCUGUUGACUCCUAUUCUUGGCCUAAUGAGGCCAUGACAAUACAGACUGUAAAACUGUAGCAAUGCCUGCAAUAUAAUUGAAUAUAUAUAAAUGGCCCUGGAGAGCAUUCCUUGUCAGUUGCUGUGCAAAAUCUAUUAAAUCUAACAUUUUCAAUAGUUUGCUCAUGCAACAUCUUUGUUUAGAUUUCAUUGCCAUUUAUAUAGUGUAUGCAAUUAACAUUGGCUGCAGUCCUUGCAAUUUAAAAUGAAAUACUUGUAACUUCUUUCAGUCAUCCUCAGAGUUCCCAAUUAAUAUCUGCUGCACAUAAAUGUCCUUCUACUGUAAUCUUUGUUCUUUAAUUGAAUGGAAAUGGCAUUUUUCACUUAUGUGAACAGCAUCAGAAUGGUGUACUACUAAUUGCUAUAGAGUUUGUGAAAACGCUAUUUGAUUCAUUAUUGUUGGAAAAUCACUUUAAAAAUGUAUAAUAAAUGUAAAAUUUGAGUGAAA